AUGGAUUAUGAGGACCAUCCUAAAACAGAGGAUAUCUUGGUGGAUAUUCAACAGAUAUGGGAUCGCAUGUUAACUAGCAACAAGUUUAAGAUGAAUGAUGUUUAUAUGGUAAUCUGUAGUAGUGCCCUAAAAAUAAUGUGGAAGAAUAUACUCCGACGUAAUGCUGCUCGACCAAGGGCUCUGAUUACUAUGUGGUUUGCGUGUCACGGAAGACUGGCUACAAAACAACGCCUUUUUCGAUUUGGUAUAAUCACCGAUGAUAGAUGUUGUCUUUGUUCUAAAGAUGAGGAAUCUAUUAAUCAUUUGUUCUUCUGUUGUCCUGAAACGGUGUGUAUCUGGACCGAAAUCCUAGAUUCCGCAUGGGAUGAAGAAAUGGAAUGGUUGUGCAGGAGUACGAAAGGUAAGGGAUAUGAUGUGUGGAAAUACCGUAAUGACAUUUGUUACGGUAAUGUUAUAGAUAAGACAAAAAUAGGUGAUAAUAUUAUAGAUAUGAUUGUUUAUAGGGAGUGA